CAGAUUUGAUGGAAAGAAUACAACCUCAAGCCAUUGUGAACCAGUUAGAAGCUUUGACAAGCCCAAUGCUUCAGAGAGUUGAGAGUGUUUAUGUGUUAGGUCUCCUCUUGUUAGGGAAACAGCGUAAGGAAGUCCAGACACAAUUGGCACAGCUACGCCUCAUACCCCGACUCUCCCAGCUUUUUGACCUCUUCAUCUGGAAAUGUGAAACGUAUCAGGAGCGUGUACGAGUUCCAGGUCACCUCAGCUCUUGUGAAUGCAGUCCAGAAGUUGCCCUUAAAAUACAAUUUUUAAGAUUGGUGCAUAGCUUCUGUGACCAGUCCGAGUACAGA